AUGGAGAUCGCGACGUCGCAGCUCGCGGGAGGGCUGGAGACGGCGCGCGCGGUCGUCGGCGCGGCGACGGUGGCGCUCAUCAUGUUUCAGGGGCCGAAGGGCGACGGCGUGGUGAACUCGCUGAACGAAUCGCGAAUGUUCGGGAGCGCGAGCAAGGCGAAGAGCGCGGUGGAUUACGUGACGUAUGGGUUGAUAUUUGGAUUCAUAGCGAUGUCCGCGGUGCUCGCGGCGAGCGGGUAG